AUGGAGACUCCUAAUUCUAGCAGCUGGUCGGAGCUCCCUAUGGACAUCUUGAUAUCUCUGUUGGAACGUUUGAAUUUUGCGGAUUUCCACCGCGCUAAGAUGGCCUGUUCGAAUUGGUACUUGUGUUCAAAGCAAACGUUGCUCCUGAAAAGCGGACCGCCCUGGCUGAUGCUGUUUCCAAAGGAUGGUUGCGUGCUGUACAACCCGGACGAAGAUAGGGUUUACAAGCCGAAGCGUGACUUCUCAGGGAUUAGAUUCCUGCCAAACUCGGGUAAGUGGUUCCUUGUGGUAGAUUCUCGAUCGCAACUCUGUAUUAUAGAUGUGUUUAGCGAGAAGAGGAUCGAUCUUCCACCUCUAGAGUCAAUCAAGGGUGGUCUUUAUAGUCUCGAGCGACUAGGAGACGAGGAAUUCAAGGAGGAAUUAAUUAGCUGUGGAUAUCGUGUAAUCCAGAGUGCAGAAAAUCUUAGAGGUGUUUUACGGGUAGAUGAGAAGAUGGAAGAGUACAUUGUUGUGUGGUGUUUUAACUCGAUCCGUUCCAAUUCCAAUUACAUAGGCUUUUGCAAGAACGGGGAAGGUCAUUACCGUGAGAUUACAGCACACAUGGAGGAGUUACUAGGCUUAUCUGAUAUGGUACUAUGCGGUGACCGUCUCUACGGAACGUAG